CAGGCAUCUACCUCAACCUCUGAUGGAAUGCUGACCCUGGACCUGAUCCAGGAGGAGGAGGCCUCUGCAGAGGACCCCAGCAGCUGCGAGGGAAGCUUCAGAGUGGACCUGGACAAGUCUGUGGCACAGCUCAGCGCUGCCCGGCGCCGCUCGGAGGACUCCCAAGCCCCCCAGCAGGGGCACACAGGAAGCCUCCCCAGGAGGGAGGACUCCUUGGAGACAGGGACCAUGUACACCCCCCAGGUGCCCAAGAAGCUCUCUCACUCCGAGAAGAACAAAUGUGCCUCCAUGGAGGAGAUCCUGGCCCACAGGGACUCUGCCCCGCUGAGGGGGGUGCUGAGGAGGGGGCUGGAGGCUCAGUUUGCCCCAGCAGAGCCAGAGCAGCUCUCCAGGAUACAGCAAUUGGUUGCACUGAAGCUGGAAAAAACUCAGGAACUGCUGACAGAGGUGAAGGGCUACGGAGAAGGCAAGAGGAAGCCCAAGGAUUCCAUCACCACCAGCACCCCACCAGCACCACCACCACCAUCGGACUCUGAAAGGAUCCUGCAGGAAUCUGAGAGGUUGUUGGGGGAGGCUUCCUCUACCUGGAGCCAGGCCAAGAGGGUGCUGCAGGAGAUCAAGGAGCUGAGGGACCUGUACAGACAGUUUGAGCUGCAGCAGUCGGACUCCAAGGCCAAACAGAGCUCACAGUCCCACUUCAGGAAGAGUCUGAUGUGA